CACAAGUUCGCUGAAAAGUUAGCGUGGAUAAUGGCUUCUGUGCUUCUUGGCUCUUUCUCUUUAGCUUCUUCCCUUACCGCUGGUUCUUUCGUAACAAAAGCUUCAUGGUAUAAAACUCAAAAAAUUCAGAAUGAAUAUCUCAUCGUAAGGCAUCAGCAACAACAUAACCUGAAGCAUGAUUAUAGAUACAUUGAGGUAGCAUCCACAAGUAAAGAACGUGGUAGAUGUUAUUCUAUGAAUGCAGGCUCUGGAGAAUCAUUUGAAUAUGAACAUCAAGAUCCUAGUCCAAAAAGCCUUUUGGCCUCUACAAAAGAUUCCUUAUAUACUUUUAUCAGGUUUAUAAGGCCAAUGCCAACGAUUGGUAUAACAAUAAACAUAAUUUCUGCGUCUCUCCUUGCAGUGGAGAAUUUAUCUGAUAUUUCUCCCACAUUUUUUAUCGGCUUGUUGAAGGCUAUAGCAGUUUUCUUGCCCAUGCAGAUAUACAAUGUAAGCGUGAAUAGUUUAGCCGACUUUGAAAUAGAUAAGAUAAACAAGCCAUAUCUUCCAAUGGCAUCAGGGGAGUAUUCUCGUAGGACUGUUAUCAUUAUUGUUGCAUCGAGUCUUAUUUUGAGUCUUGGGCUUGGAUGGAUUGUAGGUUCACUACCAUUACUUUGGGUUAUUUCCUCAUAUUUUAUUUUUUCAUCUGCUUAUUCAAUAAAUAUUAUAUGCGUAACACUCAGCCAUACAUCAACUUGCAAGUUGCCUUUGUUGAGAUGGAAGAGAUCUUCAGUGCUUACAAUCAUAAACUACAUAGUUAAAUUUAUUAUGUUGAACCUUGGAUUAUUUCUUCACAUGCAGACCUAUGUGUUCAAGAGGCCAACUAUGUAUCCAAAAUCAUUGGUUAUGGCUAUAGUAUUCGUAAGCAUAUUUGCUGUAGUUAUAUCAUUGUUCAAGGAUCUACCCGACAUUGAAGGUGAUGAAAAAUUUGGCAUUCGAACUUUAGCAGUGCGUUUAGGUCCAAAAUGGGUAUUUUGGUUUUGUAUUUCACUCUUGGAAAUGGCUUAUGGAGCUGCAAUACUUUUUGUGGGAGCAACAUCUUCUUCCAUUUGGAGCAAAUUGAUAACGGGUUUGGGACAUGCUUUUCUAGCAUCAAUCCUAUGGUAUCAUGCCAAGUUUGUAGAUGUCAAAAGCAAAACAGAAACAUUAUUCUUCUAUAAAUUUAUUUGGAAGUUAUAUAUGGCGGAGUCGUUCAUCAUACCCUUUGUUAGAUAAGUAUGCAGCGAAUGUUUAUUCUUAAGAAAUGGUAGUCCUUUGGCAAUUCUAGACUAUUACUUUAAUAUUAAUAGUCAUAAAGAAACAAUUAUGUACGCUGAAUCUCAGUUUAUUUGCAAUUAAUUAUCGAUGUUAUCUUUUUAAUUAAUUGGAUUACUUUGUAAUAUGAAAACUGUGCUUAUUUUCUCUUCAUAAAUAUUUACGA